CAACCUCUCACAAUCUACAAAUAACGCAUCAAACUCUCUCUUCCCCUAUCACUCAAAUGAAUAAUCCUCUUGUAUCAUGAAUUAAACCACCUCUCGUGUUGUAUUAACUUUAGGAACGGGAGGUAGUUCUGAUGAUCUAUACCCUCCUUCCUUCAUCGUAGUUGCCAUUAAUUAUGAGUUGUUGGUCUGACGAAGAAACGAUUUCCUUGAUGGUUUAGUGAGGAUCAUUUGUGAAUAAAAAUCCAGGUUGUUUGUAUUCUUGUAAUUAAGCUAGCUGAUAAUUAUCCUUCAAAUGCUCAAGACUAUUAAUUCACUGCCACUUCUCUUGUCCCGGUGACCAGCAAUAUGCUUUUUUCCGCCCCUCGUUUUAAGACCUUUAUCUAGUUAAGAGUAAACAUUACCAUAACCCAAAAAGCAAGCCCACCUAUCACUUUAGUUGAAACCAGAACAACGAGAUCCCAAACCCAAAAGAAAGAAACCUCAAGCCCCUACUUUAUUUAAUUUUUCCUUUGCCCCCUCCUCCAAUCACUGGCAAAAUCACGGACAAAGUCCAAGCCUUAUCUGGAGUUCUCCAGCAGCAGCCUUGUACAGCAGUCCAAGAACACAAGGAUCCGAAAACCAACAACUCGAUCAGAGCUUUGUUCACACAUGAGUGAGAUGAAGUCUCUUCUUUCCGUCUCUUUUGUAGUCCGAUUUGCAGCUGAACUGCGUUGGAGUAACGAACUCACAAGCCUAUUUGCAUAAGUACUUCAUCAAGCUGCAGACCGCAACAAGGCCUUUUCUGAAAUCGAAACAAGAGAGAGCUAGGGUGCAAGAAUUUGGAGUUCUCCUAUUAGUUUUCGGUCCAGGUAAAAAGCGGUGACCCUGUUGAGCAAUGGUAAUAAGUCUUCAUCAUCGUUCACACCGUCUACUCCUCGAUACAGAAUCAAGCACGCCACCAUCUAAUGGGAGUAGAAGCACCCAUGGGUCUUACGGUAGCGAGGCAAACUUCGAUACCAACAUGGUGAUUAUCCUAGCAGCCUUGCUUUGUGCAUUAAUAUGCGCGCUGGGACUAAAUUCAAUUGUGCGUUGCGCCCUAAGAUGUAGCCGUAGGUUUGCGUUUGAAACACCGGAUGAGACUGCUGCACGUCUGGCUGCCACGGGCCUUAAAAAGAGCGCAUUGCGUCAAAUCCCCGUAGCUGUAUACGGGUCAGGGCUCAAUAUUCCGGCCACAGAUUGUCCAAUUUGCCUUGGCGAAUUUGCGGAUGGUGAGAAAGUUAGAGUGCUGCCAAAAUGUAACCAUGGGUUCCAUGUAAGGUGUAUAGACACUUGGUUGAUGUCACACUCAUCAUGUCCAACUUGCCGUCAAUCGUUGCUAGAACAGCCAGCAAGUUCCGACGGUGGGGAUGCGGAUGCUGGAAGUCGGCAUAUUACAAAUGCAUCGGAAGGACAAGCGGAUGUGCCAAUAGCUGUGGAUGAGGUAAGUUGAAUCCUGAAUUGCAAAUAUAUAUCUCGCGAUCCUCCAACUCUGCCCCCAACCAAUUAAUCGGAAGGAAAUUGUAGGUUUUCUUUGUUUGUUUUAGAUGGUAGCUGGUAAUAUUUUCUUUACAUAUUGUUAGCUUAGUCAUGAUUAUAUAUAUUGUGCAUAGAGAGGCGUCUUACUUGCAACUUCAAUAUGUCUAUCAAGGUUCCUGAGGCAAAACUGUAUCGAUCUGUUUGGGAUAAAAGAAAAUAAUUUGUAGUGAAAA